CACACACACACACAUCUGGAAACAGUCAAAGCGUCUACAUGCACUGGGAGGGGGGGCUACCUCUCUCUCUCUCUCUCUCUUUGUAUCACUGCAGAGCUGAGCUGCAGGGGCAGCAGAGCCAGAGAGAAGAGAGAGCUCCAACUCCCGACCAGUAAGACAGACAGACAAGGCAAGCAGGCAGACACACAGCCGGACCAUCAUGGACUGGAUGAGCGCAGAGAAACCAGUAUCCGGAUGAGACAGGACGCCGUGGCUUCUGUUAAAAGGGGGGGACUCUGCUGUAUUUCUGCGUGGAAUAACCGACAACCCUUUGGGAGAUUUAACCCCGUGAUACCCGUGAUGGAAUACCCUCACUCUUCUCAUUCCCUAAUUUUACUCCUCUUCUCCUCCUCCUCUUCCUUCUUCUCCUCCAUCACCUCCACCUCCUCUUCUCCUCCAUCCUCUCACAUUUUGACACGCUGCUGAAGAUGCGCACGAAUGCGUCUUUUGCGCACUUGCAUUGCGACCGCCACUGAAAAGCGCCUGUGAUUUUUGUUUAGGAUUUUUAUUUUUAUAUAUAUAUUUUUUUCAUAUCCGUUGUUCCAAGAAGACAAGAGAAAGGAGGACGAUAGUGUUGGAUACCUGAGCGAAAGGGAAGGUGUGAAUUGAGUCCAACUCGGCGGUGCUGGUUUCGCGUUUCUCGCUUAGAGGGCCCGGAUGUACCGAGGGAUGCACCGGUGCGUUUUUCCAACCGGUUCCGCCGAAAGCUCCCUCUUUUUUCUCGCCUUCACCUCCAUCAUGGGAAUUAGGUAAUAUUCACUCCAUCCAAAGAGACUCCCAUAAACACAAACAACGGGAAUACCCCCUCAGAAACUGUCCGUGUCAGACAGUUGGCUCUUCUUCCCCCCUCCCCACCCCCUUCCUCACCCCCUUUUUCUUCUUUGAUUUCUUUAUUUUUUGGGGGGGCUUGUCAUUCCCCCCCCCCCUUUCCAUUCACUUAUAAGGAUAACGCCGGACUACAUUUAUGGUAAAUGAAAGCAAAAACAUGUACAUCCCGGAGGACACCCUUGAGAACCAUCAAGGCUCCGACUACUCUCCCCCUCCCCUCCCUCGGCCUCCUCCGGUUGGCUUGACGAACGAGCACAGAGGCGGCGGUAGCCAUGGCGACCACAGCGGCGGGGGAGGAGGGGUCAACCGUGGGGUGGGUGUGGUUGGCCUUGCACCGGAGCACAUUCCCACCCCGGGAGCAGCCCUGAGCUGGCAGGCGGCCAUUGACGCCGCGCGGCAGGCGAAGAUGAUGGGCAAUGCUGCGUCAGGCGGAGGGGCGGGGCUCGGGUCGGGCGGGGGCGGCCCCAUUUCCACAGCCAGCUCCACGCAAAGGAAGAGACAACACUACGCUUCUAAACCCAAGAAACAAACCACAACGACAGCCACGAGGCCGCCGCGGGCCCUGCUUUGUCUCACACUCAAGAACCCCAUCCGACGGGCGUGCAUCAGCAUCGUGGAGUGGAAACCAUUUGAGAUCAUCAUCCUGAUGACCAUCUUUGCUAAUUGUGUGGCCUUAGCCGUCUACAUCCCCUUCCCCGAGGAUGACUCGAAUGCCACCAACUCCAACCUGGAGCGCGUGGAGUACCUGUUCCUUAUCAUUUUUACUGUGGAGGCGUUCCUCAAGGUAAUAGCUUACGGCCUGCUCUUCCACCCCAACGCCUACCUGAGGAACGGCUGGAAUCUGCUCGACUUCAUCAUUGUAGUAGUAGGAUUAUUCAGUGCGAUUUUGGAGCAGGCCACAAAGGGAGAUGGGGCCACUCCGAUUGGAGGGAAGGCGGCAGGCUUCGAUGUCAAGGCUCUGCGGGCAUUCAGAGUACUAAGACCGCUCAGACUGGUCUCUGGAGUACCCAGUUUACAAGUCGUGUUGAACUCCAUAAUCAAAGCCAUGGUUCCUCUGCUCCACAUCGCCCUCCUGGUCCUCUUCGUCAUCAUCAUCUACGCCAUCAUCGGCCUGGAGCUCUUCAUGGGCAAGAUGCACAAGACCUGCAGAUACAGCCAUUCAGAUACAAACGCAGAGGAAAAACCAGCACCAUGUGCACCUGACGGCGCUUACGGUCGGCACUGCAUGCAGAACGGAACCAAGUGCCAAGUGGGUUGGGAAGGCCCGAAUGAUGGAAUCACCAACUUUGACAACUUUGCCUUUGCCAUGCUGACAGUGUUCCAGUGCAUAACCAUGGAAGGCUGGACGGACGUGUUGUACUGGGUGAAUGACGCAGUAGAUUACAGGUGGCCCUGGGUCUAUUUUGUGACCUUAAUCAUCAUCGGCUCCUUCUUUGUGCUAAACUUGGUUUUGGGGGUGUUGAGCGGAGAGUUUUCCAAGGAAAGAGAGAAGGCCAAGGCACGUGGUGACUUCCAGAAACUACGAGAAAAACAGCAACUGGAGGAGGACCUUAAGGGCUAUUUAGACUGGAUCACUCAGGCCGAAGACAUCGACCCAGAGAACGAAGAGGAGGGCUUGGACGAUGACAAACCCAGAAACCGUAAAGGUCGACAUUUUCUCUCUCUGCGUGGAGCCGUGAAGAAAAACGCGGCUUUCCUUCGUAAGGCGUUGAGCAUGCCAGCCAGUGAAAACGAAUCAGUCAACACAGAUAACGCUCCCGGGGGAGAUGUGGAGGGAGAGACCUGCUGCACCAGACUGGCAAUUAGGAUCUCCAAAUCCAAGUUCAGUCGCUACUCUCGCAGGUGGAACAGGUUGUGCAGGCGAAAGUGUCGAGCAGCAGUCAAGUCCCAGGUUUUCUACUGGCUGGUCAUCUUCCUGGUUUUUCUCAACACCCUGACCAUCGCCUCUGAACAUCACAAGCAGCCGCAGUGGCUAACAGACGUGCAAGAUAUAGCAAAUAAAGUAUUACUAGCGCUCUUCACUGGUGAGAUGCUCCUAAAGAUGUACAGUCUUGGUCUACAGGCGUACUUCGUGUCGCUCUUCAACAGGUUCGACAGCUUCGUCGUGUGCGGAGGAAUACUAGAGACCAUUCUAGUUGAAACAAAGAUCAUGUCUCCUCUUGGCAUCUCAGUGUUGCGUUGCGUGCGCCUGUUGAGAAUAUUUAAAAUAACAAGAUACUGGAACUCUCUCUCCAACCUCGUGGCCUCGCUUCUCAACUCAGUUCGUUCCAUUGCCUCCCUGCUGCUCCUGCUCUUCCUCUUCAUUAUCAUCUUCUCGCUCCUGGGCAUGCAGCUCUUCGGGGGGAAAUUCAAUUUUGACGACACCAGACGGAGCACCUUUGACAACUUUCCCCAGUCUCUGCUCACUGUGUUCCAGAUUCUAACAGGAGAAGACUGGAACUCCGUUAUGUAUGAUGGCAUCAUGGCGUAUGGAGGCCCGUCUUUUCCCGGCAUGCUGGUCUGCAUCUACUUCAUCAUCCUCUUCAUCUGCGGAAACUACAUCCUACUGAAUGUCUUCUUGGCCAUCGCUGUUGACAAUCUAGCAGAUGCCGAGAGUCUGACGUCGGCUCAGAAAGAAGAGGAGGAAGCGAAGGAGAGGAAAAAACUGGCCAGGCUUGCCAGUCCAGAGAAGCGUCAGAAUAACGAAAAGCCACCGAUAGAGGAAAAGAAGAGUGAGAAGAUUGAGCUGAAGUCCAUCACUUCUGAUGGAGAAACCAACACUGCAACCAAGAUCAACAUGGAUGACUGUUGUGGAGAUGAAAAUGAAGAGAAGAACCCGUAUCCUGUGAAUGAUUACAUAGGUAAAGUGCAAAGAGAUGAGGACGAGGACGAGCCGGAGAUGCCGGUGGGCCCGAGGCCGCGGCCGCUCUCUGACAUUCAGCUAAAGGAGAAGGCCAUUCCCAUGCCCGAGGCCCGCGCCUUCUUCGUCUUCAGCCACACCAACAAAUUCAGGGUUCUGUGCCACAAGAUUGUCAACCACAACAUCUUCACCAAUCUCAUCCUGUUCUUCAUCCUGCUGAGCAGCAUCAGUCUGGCGGCAGAGGAUCCGGUCAAGAACGACUCUUUCAGAAAUCAGAUCCUGGGCUAUGCAGAUCACGUCUUCACUGGACUCUUCACCAUUGAGAUCAUUCUUAAGAUGACAGCCUAUGGAGCCUUCCUCCAUAAAGGUUCAUUCUGUAGAAAUUAUUUCAACAUUCUGGACUUAGUGGUGGUCAGCGUUUCUCUCAUCUCUUCUGGAAUACAGUCCAGUGCAAUUAAUGUUGUAAAGAUCCUGAGAGUCCUGCGAGUGCUGAGACCGCUGAGAGCCAUCAACAGAGCCAAAGGACUAAAGCAUGUUGUGCAGUGCGUUUUUGUGGCCAUCAGAACCAUCGGCAACAUCGUCAUCGUCACUACAUUGCUCCAGUUUAUGUUUGCCUGUAUUGGGGUGCAACUAUUCAAGGGCAAGUUCUUCUACUGUAGUGACAGCUCCAAACAGACUCAGGCAGAGUGCAGAGGUUCCUACAUCAUGUAUAAGGAUGGGGAUGUGGGGAAACCAGAAAAAGCCCUGAGAAUCUGGGAAAACAGCGACUUCAACUUUGAUGAUGUCCUGCAGGGAAUGAUGGCUUUGUUUGCCGUGUCUACGUUUGAGGGCUGGCCCGGGUUGCUGUACCGAGCCAUAGACUCUCACGCUGAAGAUGUCGGACCAAUCUACAACUACCGCGUGGUCAUUUCUAUCUUCUUCAUCAUCUACAUCAUUAUCAUCGCCUUUUUCAUGAUGAACAUCUUCGUCGGUUUCGUCAUCGUCACAUUUCAGGAGCAAGGAGAGCAGGAGUAUAAGAACUGUGAGCUGGACAAGAACCAGCGUCAGUGUGUGGAAUACGCCCUGAAGGCUCGACCUCUGCGUCGCUACAUCCCCAAGAACCCUUACCAGUACAAGGUGUGGUAUGUGGUCAACUCUACCUACUUCGAGUACCUGAUGUUCACUCUCAUCCUCCUCAACACCAUCUGUCUGGCCAUGCAGCACCACGGACAGACCAAAAAUUUCAAUGAUGCAAUGAACAUCCUCAACAUGCUCUUCACAGGACUGUUCACAGUAGAGAUGAUCCUAAAAUUAAUCGCCUUCAAGCCCAGGGGGUACUUUAGUGAUCCCUGGAAUGUGUUUGAUUUCCUCAUCGUAAUUGGCAGCAUAAUAGACGUCAUUCUCAGUGAGAUCAACCAUUAUUUUGUUGAUGCAUGGAACACAUUUGAUGCCUUGAUAGUUGUGGGUAGCAUUGUUGACAUAGCGAUCACUGAGGUUAACCCAGCUGACUCGUCCUCGUCCUCCUCCUCCUCCUCUUCGUCCUCCUCUUCCUCUUCUUCCUCCUCUCACCCCCAUGUGGUAAGGCCAAUGGGACUUCAGAAUUCUGAAGAGAACGCCAGGAUCUCCAUCACCUUCUUCCGGCUGUUCCGCGUGAUGAGGCUGGUGAAGCUGCUAUCUCGCGGGGAAGGGAUUCGGACCCUGCUGUGGACCUUCAUCAAAUCUUUCCAAGCUCUGCCUUAUGUAGCUCUGCUAAUAGUGAUGCUCUUCUUCAUAUACGCCGUCAUUGGCAUGCAGAUGUUUGGUAAGAUAGCACUGCGGGACCACACGCAAAUCAACAGGAACAACAAUUUCCAGACGUUCCCUCAGGCAGUGCUGCUGCUCUUCAGAUGUGCAACUGGUGAGGCGUGGCAAGAGAUCAUGCUGGCGUGUUCGCCCAAUCACCCAUGCGAGAAAGGGUCAACCAAUGAAAACAGCACAACCCAUGAUGAUUGUGGCAGCCAGUUUGCCAUCAUUUACUUUGUCAGCUUCUACAUGCUGUGUGCCUUUCUGAUCAUCAACCUUUUUGUGGCUGUAAUAAUGGACAACUUUGACUAUUUGACACGUGACUGGUCAAUUUUGGGGCCUCAUCAUCUUGAUGAGUUUAAGAGAAUCUGGGCUGAAUACGACCCAGAGGCCAAGGGGAGGAUAAAACACCUUGACGUGGUCACCUUGCUCCGGAGAAUUCAGCCUCCCCUCGGUUUUGGAAAGCUCUGUCCACACCGGGUGGCGUGCAAGCGCCUGGUGUCGAUGAACAUGCCUCUGAACAGCGAUGGAACGGUUAUGUUCAAUGCCACACUGUUUGCUUUGGUCAGAACUGCACUCAGGAUCAAGACAGAAGGUAAUCUGGAGCAGGCUAACGAGGAGCUAAGAGCAAUUGUGAAAAAGAUCUGGAAGAGAACUAGCAUGAAGCUGUUGGAUCAAGUAGUGCCCCCUGCUGGUGAUGAUGAAGUAACAGUUGGAAAGUUCUACGCCACCUUCCUCAUCCAAGAAUAUUUCCGCAAGUUUAAGAAGAGAAAAGAACAAGGCCUGGUGGCCAAGGUGCCUCCCAAAACUGCCCUCUCUCUGCAGGCGGGCCUGCGGACGCUUCAUGACAUCGGUCCAGAGAUCAGAAGGGCCAUCUCUGGAGACUUGAACGUGGAGGAGGAGAUAGAUAAAGGCAUGAAGGAAUCCGUGUCAGCUGCAUCUGAGGACGAUAUCUUCAGGGUAAAGCGAACGGGUGGCUUGUUCGGCAACCACGUCAACUACUACAACCAGACCGACGGCCGUGGGUCCUUCCCACAGUCCUUCACCACUCAACGUCCCUUGCACAUAAGUCAGAAAGGCUCUCCGUGCGAAGGGGAAAGCCCGUCACACGAGAAGCUGAUGGACUCAACCACGUUCACCCCUUCAUCGUACUCCUCAUCAGGUUCAAACGCCAACAUCAACAACGCCAACAACACUGGAAUGACCGGAGUGACGACCCAGGGCGUCAGUCGAUUCCCAAGCCCGUCCAUAAGCACGGUGGAUGGGCACACAGGCCAGCCCCUCACACCCAUCCUACUACCUAGAUCAGCGUGGUGUUUCCCUCCAAAAAGGAUGUUUUAUGACACCCUCAUGCGCUCGGACUCGAGUGACAGUCGUCUGCCAAUCAUCCAGAGAGGGGAGGGGUCAACAGAGGAGACGUACGAUGAGAGUUAUGGUGACGACAGGGAGUACCAGGACGAUGAGCACUCACUUUCUUCUGACAUGUUGGUGUAUCAUGACGAAACAUGUAAACAGCUCACUCCUAUGGAGGAAGCAGAAGAAGUAGAGGAGCAAAAAGGAGGAGGAGGGUGGCAGUCUCCACGAAGAGUCUUCCUCUGUCCAACUACCCUGACACGGAGAUCUUCCUUCCACCUGGAGUGUCUCCGGAGGCAGACAAGGCCAGAUGUCUCGCAGAAGACUGCUGUACCUUUACAUCUUGUACAUCACCAGGCUCUUGCAGUGGCAGGCUUGAGUCCCCUUUUGAGAAGGAGUCACUCACCUACCCUCUUCAGCCGACUGUGUUCCACGCCUGCAGCUAACCCCACAGACCAAUGCAGUGAUGCCUCCUACCAGAGAGUUCCUUCUUUAAGACUAGAGGGCUCCAACUCUCAUGAAAAGCUCAAUACCAGCCUGCCUUCUGUAAAUUGUGGGCCCUGGUACAACGACAGUAAUGGGAAUAGCCCAGUGGACAGUCCUAGCCCUACGCCGGUGCCCAGUCAAAGGCCACCGCGGCCGGUGUCACUCACUGUACCAUUGCUUUCGGGGAAGGACCCCAGCUCACUGUCUCAUGGCAGUGCAGGCAGUCUAGUGGAAGCGGUUCUUAUAUCAGAAGGUUUGGGUCAUUUUGCCCAGGAUCCUUCAUUCAUUGAGGCAACCAAAGCCGAGUUAGCUGAUGCCUGCGACAUGACCAUUGAGGAGAUGGAGCACGCAGCCAGCAACAUUCUCAAUGGCAACACCGCCACAAACCCCACAUCAAGCACCUCUUCCACCUCUCAGCACAGCCCUAACGGCAGCCUCCCCUGCCACAAUGCAGCAGCUGCAACGCACAGGGACCGAGUCGCCGACCUGAGUCCAGGCGACGCGGAGGCAGAGGCUGGAGGCGGUAGGGGCUACAUCCAUGGUCCAUCCUCUAUAGAGGAGCGACAGGAACUGCUAGCUAGAGGGGGAGGGCGAGAAGAGGAGGAGGAAGAGGCUAAUGUGAGAGAAGAGAGACCCCACAGAAAUUCAGCUGUGGUCGCAGGAGCACGGCAGAAGAACAGCAGGCUUUUGGAGGAUGAGGAUUUGGAGUGCGUGACGAGCUUGUAGGUGCCGCCUCGGCAGCUUUGAUCAGCAAACUGGCCCGUCAGAGGCUGAGGUUUGUCAGUGCUGGCGAACAGUGCAGCGGUUGGUUGGCUCACUCUGUCACUCUGGACAAUGGCGGCCAGCGAUGCACCUUUAACACAACAAGACUUUGUCGGGUUUAAUUGAGCUAGUAUGUGUGUCUGCAGUAAAGUAUAUCAGACUAUAUACUAUCUGAGUGUGUGCUUCUGUGUGUCUGUGUGUGUGUUUUUCUCUAUUUGUACUCGUAUGUGUGUGUUCACCACACGUGUCAGAGUGUGGCUCUAAAGUGCCUCACAGUUUUAUCAUGUCCUCAACCUGGGAUGAGCAGGAAAAUGGAGACAAGCAAAAAAAAAGACAAAGGACAGACUGAAUGGAAGAAAGAUCAAACAAAGAAGCAGGAAGUCCUUUUAUGGACUGUACGUUAAUGUUUUCAUUUCCUAUGCCUAAUUUAGUGAUGUGUUAUUGUUGUCUGACUGGCCGCCAUGACGCCAGGUAGAGGACAAGAGACCAGCUCAUGGAGGGUCACUUGAAGAUUACCAUCUGACCACAGCCCCACUUGUGGUCAAAGGUCAACUCGUUCUUCGUUCAACGAUGAUGAAGCGCUGUAUUGUGUAAAACGGGGACAAGAAUGCCCCGUUUCAAUCCCGUUUCUCCUCCUCUUCCAAAGCUACGGGAACCUGGAGCACAGUCCUGCCAGCCCGAGAGUGGAUUUAGGGGGACAUGCUGCCCCCCAGCCAGGUGUGGGAGGGAGGAUUGGAGGAAUGAUUUAGCAGCCACAACAGGGCUGUAACAGGAAGGGGGGAAACUUCCUGGCCAACAGGGAGAUGGCUGGCUCUUUUUUUCUCUCAGCUGGUUUUCUCAGCUGGACUCCAGCAUGAGACCAACUCACCUCGACGUAGCUCCACCACAUCCACCCUUUCCUUGUUUGGCUCCACCAAACAGGAGACUAGAGGAGCCACUGGUGGCUAAGCAGAGACAGAAAGCACCCCACCAACCCCCCUUCUCUGCCUCAUACCUCACUGUUCCUCACUCCUUUCUCUAUCCUAUCCUUCCUCCCUCUCCUUUGCUAUCUUACAACCACUCACCCCUUAUAGCUGGAUUUGUGUGCUUUUUUUCAGCACUUGAGGAGGCGAAUGUUUGUCAUGCAGGGCUACCCAGAUGGUAAAGUGGAGGGAAGAAUGGGAGUGACCAAUUGAAAGGAAGAAAUAAAAAGAACACUCUGGUCAAGGGGGUGGGGGUGUUCCGCAGCAGAAAUGCCGUCAAUCAACCUCACUUCCUUCUCUGGGGCACCUCCUCUUCCUGUCAGCUUGGAAUCCUGUCGGAUUUGCUGCCACACACUCUUUCUACAGACCGUGCCCACUAUGUAUUUAACAGUUCAAUAUUGUGCAAAACUGGCUAGCCAUGACAAUAUUUUGUUUUAUAUUCAUGACGUUAUUGUUUUAAUUUAUCUUUGAUUUGUUUGCACAAUCGGGGUGCUGGUCUUAUAAAUGUAUUUUUGCUCAGUUUAUUUUUAGGAAAAAUUUUUUUAGAGGUUUUAAGUAUCGAAGCAGGGCGUAGUGUGUGCGGGCGAGUGUACCUAUAAAUGUGUGUGCAUAUGCGAGUCUGCAUUUUAGUACAACUUAUGAGUGUCUGAGAUGGAGUGUGUGUGUGAGAUGGAGUGUCUUUCUCUCUAUCUGUAUGCACCUUUAACAGAUUCUAUUUAUUUAUUUAUUUUUUCCAGAAGAGAAAAUCUGUGGGAAUGUGUGCGUGUUUUCUUGUGUACUAUAAAAAGCUGAUUUUAAGCCUAUACAGUAAAUUAAGGUAGCAUUACAAGUAUGUUAUGUGUGUGAAAGGGUGUGUCUGUGUAGUAAUGGGCCUCCUUAACACAGGGUUAACGUGGACAGGCAUACUUCCAAAGCUUUGUGGUUACGUUAGCACGGUUUUUACUUUUUUUAGCCACGUGGCAGAGAGAAAAGUGUCAUUUUUGAACUCUAGUCAUUGCAUAGCUUUUCUUUACUGCCCCAUUUGGAUAUAGGCUGGGGUGAGUUCUGUGGUCAGAUAAGACUGCUGAUCAGGAAGUGUAUAGUAUUUGGCCAGAGGUUAGAAAGCCUUUCACAUAGGGAUGUCUUAAUCCGAAGUAUUUGCCUCCAGUAAACAAUACAUGAGUAUUGGCAUUUUGUCAAUACAGAAUAAAAGUUCAAAAGUUCAUCAAGAUAGAUACCGUGUAUAUGCCUGAAAACCAAUAUAAAUAUUUUCAAAUUGGCACUUUAUUAUAAUUGUCAUGAAUAAAUCAUUAAUUAACUAUGAUAAAUUGCCUUUUUAAGUGCUAUUUUCCCAGCACAAUUACAUUUUAAAAAUCACUUAAAUGGAACCUGUCCGAUGACACAAAGUAAGUUAAAACAUGUCCAGGUCUAAAAAAAAAUUCAAGAACAGAAGAGAAACAAAGUCAGUGACAUCUCAAUACAGCCUAAAGAGGGUUACGGUAAUUUCCAGACUCCAGCAAACCACCGGGGGCCACUUAAUCCACAAACACAGAAAACACACAACAGUGAUAAAUCUUCCCAGGAGUGGCAAAAGAAAUUAUCAUUUGAAAACUGCAUUUUGUAUUCACUCAGGUAAUCUUUUUUACUGAUAUUAAAAAGUCUUUGGUUAUCCGAAAUAUUUAGGUUUGGCAAAUAGCCAAAAGCAGAAUAAAUCUCAAAGAAUAUAAAUACUUGUCAAAACCCUGUCUUGUAUCGAUUUGAAAACGGGAGAAAUCUAUUAUCGAUUAUUAAUUCACCUAUGAUUCAGUAUUUUAGGGGACGUGUGGUAACUUUAUACACUUUACCAAUAACACUCUGGUCAUAACGUUAGAUUUUUUUCUCACUAAAGGAGUUUCUGCAGGACCAUGCUAUGUUUAACAUAUCUGACUUGGCACAUGUAGAUAGCCUUCAGUAAGCUCACAUGUUGCUAACGCUUAUGUUUUCAUGCAGAGUAGUUUGCUGUAGUGCUAAGCAAAUGCUAGCAGGUUUACUCUGUUUUGUUAAAAGUUGUUUAUAAAGUGGCUUGUUGGAUAUUCCAGUGUGGUUCCAGCUGAUCAUCUUUGAACAUAACUUGCAUAAGAAAUUGUUCCUCUGCUUAGGGCACCUAAAAUCUGCCACUAUUUUUGGUCUCAGGAGUUGAGUUCAGUGUUCAGACUCGGGACAUCCCUAAUUACUACAGUUGCACUUGUCCUUAUUCGUAACGACAGAAACGUUUAAAUUUAUACUGCCACAGUGACACAUCCAUGAAUAACUAGGGCUGUUGUCCAGUUGCUGCAAGACUUAAUAAAACCUCUAAAGAUAUAGUCUCUUUGAGACUCCCAUCACAAAAAUAUUUUAUUCCCAACACACAAUCGAGAAACAUGGAUUUUCAGAGUGAUUUCAUUCACUGGUUUACAUUGGUUGCUGGAAAAAUUGUAAUACAAGCUAGAGCCAUUUAUCAUGUAUGAUUGUGCAUCAGGAAAAAUAAUUAGGUCGCCUUGAAGGGAGAACGGCUAUAAGAUUUUUUUUGUCUCCAACUAAACAGCAGGUAAAACAAUUUUUUAUAAUAAAUUCAUUAUUACUUAAUUAUAAAGUGGAUCUACUCGAGACAAGGUCAUAGCAUGUUUUGAUCUGAGUUGCAGCUUUUUGAAGAACUUGAGGACUUUUUUUUAAAAACUAACAAUUUAGAUAAAAAUCUAAAUAAAGCAAAGAGAACUCAGUAAAAUUGCUAAAACUUAACUCAGAUGUAAAUACAUCAAAAAUAUUUGAUUGAAACAGCUAAAGCUGAACCAAAGUCGUAUAUAUUUUUAAGCCAUUACUGACAACAGUAAUUUUAACUAAAUUCAAACAUGUUGGAAAAGCUUUUGUCGUCCGACGUCCCAUUUUUAUAAAUAAAACUGAAAUAAUAAAUUACAGCUCACACAAAAACACCAACAGACAUCAACAUAUGCCCAAAAGAUUUAUUUUUUCUUGGAUUUCCCAUCACUGUCGUGCUCUACAUGUGAAACAGAGCAGGUUUGUGGCAGCGGAGAGUAUGCAUCAACACACUGCCAUACACUGCAUCCUGUGCCAGUAACAGACUUCUGUCAUUAUUAUGCAAUCUAAAUGUGAAUGUUGAGUGGGUUUUUAGCUGCUGUGCUGUUACCGUCUUGUGUUUCUGAUCAUACCCUGAAGUCUGGGUCCUCACCUUCCCAAACUUCCACAGGAGCCUGUGGCUUCAUUAAGACCACCUUGGCAUUUCUUACAGUUAAUCUGAACCCGUCUGGAAACCCAAACUGAAAGUCCAUUUCUUGGCCAUUUGCUCAUUUACGUUUUAAGCUGUUUCAACUGAAUGUCUAAGGUGGAGAGAUAUGGUUUGCUUGAACCCUGAGCAGCUUUUAAAUUCAGAUAAAAUAAGCACUGUCUAUCAUUGUGUCUUGGUUUCUGUUUUUUUUUUUUUGUCGUUGAAAUAGUUUGGAAGAUGCUACUCUUAAAAUAUUUAUACUCAUCUACUGACAGAUAUUGGGACUGUCUCAAUGACAGAUGUUAUAUAUAUAUACUGUAAUUUAUUUAUGGUGAAAAAUGUUCACUUCUUUUAUCCUGACAUAUGCACAAAGCAGUCUGCGCAUAUCAGAAGUGCCCCAACCAGGCUUGCUUUGUGUCUUUUUUUUUGCCGGUGUGAGAGAUUCAGAGCCUUGUGGCGUCCCCGUGUGAAGUCAAGCAGCAUUGCCGUUAGCAUGACCGUUGAGGUGUUGUGUUGCAGUGUAACGAUAUAAGCAGGUGGGAACCUGCAAUCCACAAGAUAUGCAAAAACAAUGCAAUAACUAUGACUGUGUACAAAGUUCCUGAAGUAAACAUUUGUGUGAAAGUCUACAAAAAAAAAAAAAAAGAAGGAAAAUCUGCUUCGAGAUGCGUCAUUUUCUCAUUAACUCAGUGGUUUCCACAAUACAAAAAACCUAAAAUACUUGAAAUCAGGUACAUUACAGUGCAGUAUAGUUAAGUUGUAUUUAUCUGUCUUUUUUGUCGCACUAGAGUUUUGAUUGAAUCUGACCUGCAAACAGUGUUUUUUCUUGCUGGUGAAUAACAAUCUAGUUACAGCCGAGUCGCAGUGGAAAAAAAUAUUCUUUGUUUUUUGAUAAGCAGGAAAACGCAGCUCGCUUCAUGUUCCUGUCUCGACCCCUUUGUGGAUUUGUUUUGCUUUUUAGGUGCAUUUCUGAACGAGUUAAACUCUUUUUCUCAGAUUCAUCGACAUCAAAUGAAGUCUGCAUAUUGAUUAGUUGUUCCAUACUCAUUACGUAUCAUAUCACCUUGACAAACAGUAGCGUUUUCUACCUAUAGUGCACAUUACAACAUUGGACUUGUGGUAGAGAGAUAUCUGGAAGAUGAUUUUGCAUAUCUUGUGUCUUAUGGGCUUGUUUUAUACUUUCUGAUACCCUGAGGUACCGAAAGAUGCUAAAACAUUAGUACGCAAAAUACAUUAUUAGCUCCCAGGCCUAAACAGGCGUUUCUAACAAAUUUUAUUUUGCUUGUCUUUAAUAAUUUGCUCCGCAGACCUAUAGAAGAUGAACCAGUGGCGGCUGUUUCUGUUAAAAAGGACCAAAAAGUUCAUAUUUUCUUCAUAAAUGUAUGUUUUACCAGUCCAACGGUAAUCAUGUUAAGUGGUGAAUAUGACAAAUCUGCAUGAUUACUACACACAUUAAUCAAAGGCAUUGUAAUUUGUUUCUGGUUUUUGUGCUAGUUCCAUCCACCAAAUGAAAACUAUGGAUCCGUUACAUCGCUAAACCCGAUCCUACUCCUGCGUGUCAUGAAUCUUUACGUACAUUUGGAGUAGCAGUGCGUCAGACUGAUUUACUCAGUCCAUGUUUUGAUGAAAAUUACUCCCUCUGCAGGUCAAAGUGAAAUAAUAUAUGAAGUGAAAACAAAGAUUGAUAAAUGCUUGAUUUUCCCCCUACCCCACUUUUGGCAGAAUGAUGACAAUCUGGCGACUGAUGACAAUGGGAAGGCUAUUUUGGAAAGUAUUUGAGGGAAUGAUAUUUGGAACUUUUUGGGUGGCUUAAGUUCUUACAUGGUGGAUUAUAUAUUAAAAUAACGUUCACAUGCAUGAGGUUCUCUCUCUUUGGAGGUAUAAAGUAUUGGUCCUAUAUAGCGGAUUAUAUCUUUUGUCUCACCACUAGCUAAAGAUUGUAUAUUUUUAUAUACUAUAUAUAGCAAAAAUGUAUACAAAUAAAAAUAUUUAAUCACAAGAAUGUCAAAAUAAGGAGCAGGAAGGGGACCUAUAUGAGAAUGUAUUUGGACUGGAUGUCUUAUUUGGGCCUAAUGAUAGGUGGCACUCCCAAUACGUUGACUGUAUUAUUAGCCAAAAGUAAAACCUGAAAUAAUAUGGUUUUCUGAAGAAAAAUAUAACAUUGUUCAUUGUUGCACAUGAUAAGCUUGCAAGGAGAAACGAAAUUGUUCGCAACAUUUCUGGAAAUUUUGAAAAUAUUGCUGAUUGGAAGGUUUUCAUGGGAAAUGAUGCUAAUAAACAGGAAAUUAGGGACAUAAGUCAAAAUAUUUUCCAUGGCAGACAUACUUAAACAAUAAUACCCUGCCUUAGAUUUAUACAAAAAUACAAUAAAAAUUUUAAGUAGUACAAGGAAUCAAAUGUAUGGCUUUAAUCUUCUAGUGCUCUGGGGUCAAACAUGUGACCUUAAUUCAGUUCAAUCAUCCACAAUGGUCCAGGGUUUUUUCCAACCUAAUUUUCUUGUUAAAAGGCAAACAUUGUAGUUUAAACUUUACAUUCACUCCUACAAAUUCCUGUUAACUUCCAUGGAGAGUUUCCAACUUUGAAAAUUCCUGAAAUUCUGCAACUGCAGUACUUUUGUGUAAGUUAUAAAGUAAUCUGAGGAUGUUCCAGUCCUACAAGUACAGCGAAAUGUUUUAUUGGGAAAAGACUAAGUGAAAACAGUGGAGGUCUGAUCACCAUUAGUGUUUCAACUUUGGUAAAAACAAAGAAAAGAAAAAAGGAGGCCCUUUGCUUAAAUGUUAAACAUCACUGUAUUUCUGCAAGACAAAUGACAAAUGUUGGUCUAUUUUAAUCCACAGACAGACCUGAAAUCUAACAUGCUUUUGCUUGCGUUUGUCUUCGACAUGUCAACCUACCAGCAGCCUGUCAACACAGGUCAAGGUCUGCUCAUAAACCCCCAACUGUAGCACUGAGAGGCGCAUCUCUCUGGAAGUAGUCCUACAUCAGCAAAACACGCAUUAUCCUAGCAACAAACCAAAAAAGAAAAAAAAUAACCUCUAAAAGGACUAGAUUUCCAUAUAUUGUGAAUAAUCAUAAUUGUGUAGCUUCUAUGCUUAUCUUCCAAGAUGAAUUUGGAGGACUUGAACUACAUCUGUAUAGAUUUUUAUCUGCAUUUUCUGCAGGCUAGAACGCAACAUACAUGUAGGUUAGCGUCUGGCUAGUUGAUUUUAGCUUCACGCCGACACGAUGCUACUGCUGCUUUUUACACUGCAGGUUCCAGACGUAGAAUCAGAACAAAUUGUCUUAUGUUAAAGGUUUUAAAAGAACAUUUCAUGUUUUUAAAGAACAUGUUGGGUUGAUCCUAAGAAUGAAGUUUGAGCAGAUUUUCUUUUGGCUAAGGUGAUCUGAAUGUAGUUUUGUUUCUGUGACAGAAAAGAUGCGAUGAGGGUUUGAAUGAUGACAGAGGGAAGCUGCUGUAUGUUAUUUUAAACCACAUACAAUAUUAAAGUAUUAAGAGUUUUCCAUUUUUGCAAGCAUGAGGCUGGGAGAGAAUUUUCCUCACGUUUCCUUAAUGUGGAUCUACCAUUGUUGCAACUGAAGUGCUUUAUAUUUUUCUUGUAAAUCACAGUCUUUGUUGUUCAUGGAAAAAUCAUGACAAAAUAUUUUAAGAUUGCUAUUUUGAAUAGAGAUUAUCUUUUCUAGGUGAAGUUAGCAUAGUCUGUUGAUGGAAAAAAAAAUCUAAUUAAAAAAAACACUGAUUCUUCUGUUUUUGGAGGCCAAAAAGGAACAUCUCUGUUUGCUAUACAGAUAUUAUUUUGAUUAUAUUGAUAAAGCAGACAGAAAGAGGGCAGAAAGUAAAAGAUGGGAUAUAAUAAUAUAUUUAAGUGAUUUCAAUGAAACUGAUGUAUUUUAGAUAUUAAAAUUAUAGAAGGACAUCAAAAUUACAAAAUGUAAAAGGACAGCUUGAUGCAGGAUGUUGCAUUCUGUUGUAUGACUUUGAUGUUUAAUUAAUAAUAAUAAAACAAAAAAAAACCCAUCAGAUUUUCAGUUCCCAUGUUGUGAUAGUUUUGGAAUUGUGCAGAUGCUGGCUUUUUUCUAUUUUUGACCUAGUGGGCAGCAGUGUUCCUGGUUUAAUCAUCAACAAGAUGCUUCCAUUAAAUUGACACGAGUUUACUUUUUGCAAAGAUUUCUUGUUAUUGUGCAAAAGAAAAAUAAAAUGGAAUCUUAAUUAUGUGUUUAUUGAUAAAAUGGAAGUACAGCUAAGAGCAGUGCAGGAUUCUGAAGAAACUGUAUUGGGAUGAUGUAUGGAAGGUAUGCAAAACUAACACAUAAAAACACUUAAUUUGCAAUCUGUAAAAUAUGCUUUGGUUUAUUGUUUUUUUUUGUGGGGGGGGGGUUGUCUGUUUUGCCAGUGUGGUACUUCUUUACUGAGCAUAUCAGAGGUUGGUGGUGAUGAGCUGCUUGCAUCCUUUUUCUCUGGAGGCAACAGAAGAGAUUUGCUUGUACUGUAGGAUUUAAUCAGCAUGCAUGCAGAAUAACUAUGUAUAAAUCACUCAUUGUGUAGCAGCACAUACAUCAGCACCUUUAUGUCAAUAGGAUGACUGUUUUAAUAGGUCGUUGAAAAGCCUUGUGCUUCUUCCUUUGAUUUGUUUGUAUUUUUUACGGUUAUGCAAACAGAGUAAACCCCAAAAUCUUGGAAACCCCACAAACGUGGCACAAACAUUGCAUUUUUUUUUUAAGAAGAAAUUACACCCUCUUUCAUUUAUAUUACUGAAUAAAAUACAAUGUACGUGUAAUGCAAAUCGGUGUAUUAGACCCCAGAGGCAUAUAGGAGCAGCUUUGCAAAGCAGCAGCAGUUCUCAUCCUCAUUAGAAUUGAAUGUUUCUGCUUGCAUUUUGUCUCUUACUGCUAAUUUUACACACAAGACCUACUUUAUGUUGCACUAAAAAUGAUUUUAAAAAUCCAUAAAAGUAUCCCUUGAAUGUAGGAGACAGUGAUGAUCUUACUGGAGAUGUUUAGGGUGAGACAAUAGAGUGAAAGAACAGCAUUUCACAGCCAAUUAUCUUAGCCCCCCACAUGUCACUUAGGUCUCUGCAGGUUUCUCUUUUUACAGCACAAAGAGUUAGGUACAUAUAGGCCUUGUGUGUCUAUGUGAUGCAGCUUUAUCGGUGUUUUCAUCUAGUCGUCGUUAGCAGCAUGAGAUCCACAGCUCCGUGUAAGGUAAAGGUUAAGGAAAGCUCUUUUUCAUUCCUUCGUCACCCGAGUGAAUGCCUGAGGUGUGUGGGUCUGCUCUCCUGUCAUCAGCAGUGUCUUAUGGUCCUAUUUGUGUCUUCAGUUAUUACUCAUGCAAAGUGUUAAAGGGCCAUCACUGAUAGGACUGAGCAGUUUUAUUCAUCUGAAAGAUGUUCCUCAUCGCUCCAUUUUCUUUCGGAGGCAGGUGAUCACACAGAGACCAAUUUGUUGUAAUGUUAGCAAAGGCGCUACUGUUAAAUGUGAUAUUAACAGCACUAUUUAUGAUCUAAAUAAUGAAUUAGAGUAUGUUAUUGUGCUUGGUAGCUUUGGAGGCAGGUGGCCAUUUUUGUAGUUCUUAAACAUAAGCCACUCCCCCCUCCACAGCAGGUGGGAUUUCAUUCAUACCAAUUUUGCAAAGUGACACUGGCCCAACAUAUUUUAGUUUCCUUACAUUGUCAUUUGGUCUCUUAGCGAUGACUGCAUGGUGUCUUAGUUUACACACCCUUAUUUUCUUCUUCUCUUUCUUUUUUUCUAAAGAUAAAUUCUUUUUUUAAAUUAUUAUUCUGUCAAUUUAAUUUAGGUAUUAGAAAGGGAAAGAAUACAAAUUAAAUAAAUCAGAAUAUUAAUUCAAUCACUUUUUCUACUCCUAUUUUCCAUAAAAAUUAAAGUAAAAAAUAAAAAAAACAAAUAAAAAAGUUGAUUUGUAAAUAAGUUAUGUACAGUUUGUAUCUGUAACUUGUCAGUCUGUCAUUGGUGACAGAGUCUGUCUUGCUUAUAACGCACGCUACCAGUAAAUAAAAAAGGAAAAAGUAUAUUUAGACUGUAUGGUCCCUUGAAGCAAGUUUUAAAUUAAUAUCUGAUGUAUAUUCCUGUAACAUUGCAUUUUUAUCUGAGGAAUGAUGUUAUUAAAAAAUUGCAAAUAAAUUGCAUUUCCUACA